UUGUUUUAGUUCUCUACUUUCCUCCAUAUUCUCUCUCUCUCUCUGCGCUGAUGACAAGUUGACAACCGAGUUCUCAUCUUCGUUUCAUGUUCCUAGUUGCUACUCAGUGGAAAUUCAAGGGGUCAUCCUAAAUGGGUAAGUGUCUUCAGCUAAUUUUUAUGCUCCUCACAAUUGAAUCUCGAAAACAUGCAAUACCCUCGUGCUGUUUGAGAUUUCUUGUGAUUUUUUGGCUGGGUUAGUGUCUUUGGCUCACUCUAGACCUCACAAUUGAGUCUUUAACUAAAUUUUCUCUUACCUUUUCCAUCACUGGUAGAGCUCUCUCUCUCUCUCUCUCUCUCUAUGUGUUCAAGUUUUUGAUAAAAUGAGGGUUCCUAUGAACUAUUUCUUGCUAUUGUUCUGCUUCUUUUUGUUACCAUAUGCUGUGUCUGCUUUGAGCUAUGAUGGAACAGCUCUAUUGUCACUAGUGAGGCGUUGGACAGUAGUACCUCCUUCCAUUAAAUCGAGCUGGAAUGCUUCUGAUUCCACUCCUUGCUCAUGGGUUGGAGUCCAAUGUCACACAAACAACUUUGUGGUUGCUUUAAACCUGUCUAGCUAUGAGGUUUCAGGCACACUAGGACCCGAAAUUGCUUAUUUGAAGUACUUGAGGUCAAUUGACUUCAGCAUUAAUAAUUUCUCUGGUUCCAUACCUUUGGAGUUAGGCAAUUGUAGUCUUCUUGACCAUUUGGAUCUGUCCUUUAAUGGCUUUACAGGCCAAAUACCCGAAACCCUUGGAAACUUGCAGGAUUUACAAUAUUUAAGUUUGUUUGAUAAUUCUCUUACUGGUGCAAUACCUGAAUUUUUGUUUCGAAUUCCCCAUUUGGAAACUAUCUAUCUUCAUGAUAACAAGCUGAGUGGGUCAAUCCCGUCAAGUAUUGGGAACAUGAGUGAGAUUUCAAUUUUAUGGUUAUAUGGUAACCAAUUAUCAGGGACCAUACAUUCCUCCAUAGGAAAUUGUAGUACCUUGCAGGAACUAUAUUUGAAUGACAACAGAUUGAGUGGAGGUCUGCCUGAGAGUUUAAAUAAUCUUGAGAACCUUGUUUAUUUGGAUGUCAGUGAUAACAUUCUAGAGGGUAGUAUUCCCUUGGGGUCGGGUGGAUGCAGGGAAAUGUACUCUUUGGUUUUGUCUGACAAUCAUUUCAGCACAGAGAUUCCAUCAGGGUUGAGAAAUUGUAGUAGCUUAACAAUAUUAGCUGCUGUGAAUUGCAAUUUGUCCGGUCCCAUCCCUACUUCUUUGGGCCAACUCAGUAACCUGGUGACUCUUUACCUUCAAGAAAACCGUUUGUCUGGCAAGAUACCACCUGAACUCGGGAACUGCAGAUCCUUGAUUGAUUUACAACUCCAAGAAAAUCAACUUGAAGGUGAAAUUCCGAGUGAAUUAGGGAUGCUGGGUGAGUUGCAGAGUCUUUUCUUGUUCACCAACCAUUUGACUGGUGAAAUUCCAAUUGGUAUCUGGAAGAUACAAAGCCUUGAGAAUCUCCUUGUGUAUAAUAACAAUCUUUAUGGGGAACUACCAGUUGAGAUCACUGAGCUAAAGCAAUUAAAAAACAUUUCCUUGUUCAACAACCGGUUUUCUGGAGUCAUACCCCAAUGCUUGGGAAUUAAUAGCAGUCUAACCCAGCUGGACUUCACUAACAAUGCAUUCACUGGUGAAAUCCCACCAAAACUUUGCUUCCAUAAGCAACUGAGCAAGUUGCUCUUAGGACUGAAUCAUCUUGAAGGUAGCAUUCCUUCGGAUGUUGGAAGCUGUUCAACAUUGACGAGACUGAUUCUUACAGGGAAUAAUCUCACUGGCGUUCUACCUGAAUUUGUGAAAAAUCCAAACCUUCUAUACAUGAACCUCUGUAAAAAUAACUUUGGUGGAACUAUUCCCCCAAGUUUUGGGAACCUUACCCAUAUAACCUCAAUUGAUUUGUCAAUGAACAAGCUCACAGGGCUUGUGCCCCAAGAGCUGGGAAGUCUUGUGUACCUUCAGGGUUUGAAUCUGUCUCACAAUGGUUUGGAAGGUCUGCUGCCAUCUCAAUUGUCAAACUGCAACAAAUUGUUGCAACUUGAUGUGAGUUAUAAUUUGUUGAAUGGUUCAAUUCCAUUGAGUUUGAGAGGCUUGACUGAAUUGACCACUCUGGGUUUAAGUGAGAAUCAUUUUACUGGGGGCAUUCCAUCUUUCUUGUUUGAAUUCAACAUCCUUUCGAAUCUCCAACUUGGUGGAAAUCUAUUAGGUGGGAAUAUUCCAUCAUCGAUUGGAAAGAUCGGAGCAGUGCAGAACUUGAGAGCAUUGAAUCUAAGCAAUAAUGGGUUGACGGGUGACAUCCCGCCAGAACUAGGGAAGUUGAUCAUGCUAGAGCAGUUAGACAUUUCUCGCAACAAUCUGACUGGAACUUUAGGAGCACUUGAUGAUGUCCAUUCGUUGAUUUUCCUCAACGUCUCGUACAAUUUCUUGACUGGUUCAAUACCGUCAACAUUGAUUAAGCAGCUGAAUUCCUCUCCCUCUUCCUUUGUGGGCAACUUGGGUCUUUGCGUCAACUGUCUUCCAGCUGGUGGCGUAACUUGCAUUGAAAACAGCAAUUUUAGUCCCUGCAAUCUUCACUCCAAAAACAGGAAAGGCUUUAGUAAACUAGAAAUCACAAUGAUAGCUUUGGGAUCAUCAAUAUUUGUGGUUUUUCUGCUCCUUGCUCUGGGUUUGGUGUUUCUCUGGUACAGAAGACCAAAAAAGCAAGUUGAACUCUCUGUUAAUGAAGAGUCUGCUGCUUCUGUGCUCAACGAAAUUAUGGAAGCUACUGAGAACCUGAACGAGAGGUACAUUAUUGGCAGAGGAGCCCAUGGAACUGUAUAUAAGGCUUCAUUAGGUCCGGAUAAAGUGUAUGCUGUAAAGAAGCUCAUCUUUGCAGGACCCAGGGGGGAAAGUGCAAGUAUGUUUAGAGAAAUUCAGACAGUUGGGAAGGUUAGGCACCGGAAUCUAAUCAAGCUGGAAGAAUUUUGGUCAAGAAAAGAUUAUGGUUUGAUCUUGUAUAGUUACAUGCAGAACGGCAGCCUUCAUGAUGUUCUCCAUAAGAGAAAACCACAGCCCAACUUAGAUUGGAAUGUCCGAUAUACUAUAGCUCUUGGAACUGCACAAGGAUUGGCAUAUCUCCAUUUUGACUGUGUUCCUGCUAUCGUCCACCGAGACAUAAAACCUAUGAACAUUCUUUUGGACUCUGAAAUGGUGCCUCAUAUUUCGGAUUUUGGCAUUGCCAAGCUUCUGGAUCACUCAUCUACUUCAACACCCUCCUGCACGGGACUGCAGGGCACAAUUGGGUAUAUUGCUCCAGAGAAUGCAUUUGCAACUACAAAGAGCAAGGAGUCUGAUGUCUACAGUUAUGGGGUUGUUUUGUUGGAACUGAUAACUAGAAAGCAUGCUUUGGAUCCUUUGUUUAUGAAGGAAGGAGACAUUGUUGGGUGUGCUAGAUCUGCGUGGAGCAACUUCGAAGAAAUUGAGAGGUUUGUAGAUCCAAGCCUUUUGGAUGAAUUUAUAGAGUCGAGGAUCAUGAAACAAGUUAUUGAUGUGCUUUUGAUAGCUUUGAGGUGUACAGAAAAGGAGGCUGGCAAAAGACCCUCAAUGAGAGAUGUAGUGAAGUUGCUAGUAGAUGCAAAUGCCACUGUUAGAAACAAGUAUAGCUAGCUCUUACUCAUGUUAUGUAACUUUCUGCAUCUCACAGUACUGUAAGAUGUGUAAAGCCGGUUAUAGUAAUGUAGUGCCCUUGAUUAAGUGUUUGUGUAUUCAUUCUCUUUGCAUUUGGUUGCAUGCAUAGCCAUGUAGUUUCUCAGCUGCUGCAAAGAAAGAGAAAUCCUCCAAACAUCUUUCUUUC